CGCAUGCUCAAACUGAAGAGGAGGCCGCUCAACUUCUGUUCUCGGGGCGCUGGAAUCGCCAUAACUGGAACCGGGGAUUCGGUUUAGGGCUCACGGAGUGCCUGUAGCAGGGUGAAUCAGAAUGGGAGACAAGCCGAUUUGGGAACAAAUAGGAUCCAGCUUUGUGCAACAUUACUAUCAGCUGUUUGACACAGACAGGACUCAACUUGGAUCGAUAUAUAUUGAUGCGUCAUGCCUUACGUGGGAGGGUCAGCAAUUCCAGGGAAAAGCGGCAAUUGUCGAAAAGCUUUCCAGCCUGCCCUUCACAAAAAUAGCUCACAGCAUCACAGCACAAGACCAUCAGCCCACCCCUGAUAGCUGCAUAUUGAGUAUGGUAGUAGGCCAACUAAAAGCAGAUGAUGACCCCAUCAUGGGAUUCCAUCAGAGCUUCAUCCUGAAGAACAUUAACGAGGCGUGGGUUUGCACCAAUGACAUGUUCCGCCUGGCGCUGCACAAUUUUGGUUAAACGCCCCAUGGCUAGCAGGAAGGAAGUGGGGGAAGGUGGAGGAUGGGGUUCCGCCCUGAUGACGCCCGAACCUGUCAAUCAGCCCUUCAUUCAUCACACUCAAGAGAAACGCCAGCGGAUUACAGCAGUCAAUCACAGAAAACAUGCAGGCAUAUACAGUACUGCCUCUACUCCAGAAAUGACAUGUUUCUUUGCUGAAAGCCCACACAUCCAUCAAACUGACCCUUUUCCUUCGCCAACCUGCAUGAUGAUGGGGAGCUUAAAUAUCAGAGGACACCCUGACCAGGACAAAUACGUAUUACCCUAACCUCGGCUGUUUGAUAUUUACAUUUUAGUUGCUGAUUUUGACUUUGAAAUAACAACAGUCUUACUUUCUUUCUUUCUUCUGAAGUGUGUUCAGCUUGUUUUUAGAAAAUGCUCAUUGAAGUUUCAUCUCAACAACUUCAUUGUUUUCGCCCCACUUGAAAAUUGGUGUGAUGUCAGGUUGCUCUAGCUAUCCAAAGAACACCACCCUAAUUUCCCCUUCCCCUCAGACCAGUGUGCUUCCCACUUUCUGCUCACUGCUCUCUGUGACAAUAAUUUCCAAGCCACGAUACACAAUAAAACCUUUGACUUUUUCUUAA